CGGAGUUCCCGCACAAUCCCGAAGCGCGACUCGCGCAGGAAAAUCCUGCGUCCGACCGCCUGACUGCUGCGGCGCACCGAGCCGAGCCACUGUUUCCAGGGGACGUGGAGCUUCGCUCACCUCUGAUUGGCCAGAUAAGAGUCACGAGACAAAGGGGAAAAAUCUCCACGAUUCGGGGUCUAGACAAUCUGAGUCUGCGCUUCAGGGAAAAUGAGUGAAUCAUUGGUUGUGUGUGAUGUUGAUGGAGAUUUGGUUAAAAAGUUACGGGAGUUUCGAUUCCGCAAAGAAACCAACAAUGCUGCAAUCAUCAUGAAAAUUGACAAGGACAGACAGCUUGUCAUCCUUGAUGAGGAACAUGAGGAUAUUUCUCCUGAUGACUUAAAGGAUGAACUGCCUGAAAGACAGCCAAGAUUUGUGGUCUACAGUUACAAGUACCAGCAUGAUGAUGGACGAGUUUCCUACCCUCUCUGCUUCAUAUUUUCCAGUCCUGUUGGAUGCAAACCUGAGCAACAGAUGAUGUAUGCUGGUAGCAAAAAUAAGCUAGUCCAAACAGUAGAGCUGACCAAGGUAUUUGAAAUUCGCAACACAGAGGACUUGACAGAGGAAUGGUUGCGGGAGAAGCUAGGAUUCUUCCGUUAGGGACAUCUCACCUGGCAGAGUGGAAAUGUCAGGGAGUUGUCCAAGACAUCAUGUGUUCUUACUGAUGUGGGGAACCAUGUAUGACUUCAUCAGUCUUUCAGUGACCACAGUUCUCAAGUCUCCUUAUGCUAGGUUUCCAGAAAUUGAAUUUGCACUCCCUCACUGCCUUGAGGAAAAUUUUUUUUGAAACUUGACAAUUCCUCCUCCCCAUUUUAAAGAGCACAUUUCCCAGCUUUUCUUCAAAUUUAGGUAUUUUCUUUGGAAUCCCAAGGUAAAACACAUUCCAAAUUAUUCCCAAUAAAACACUGCCAGUUUCCAGUGAUUGGGUAUGAGUAAACAAAUCUUCAGUUUGUGUGUUUACCUCAUCUUAGCUUUUGUGUAUUGAAAUUGUACACUAGUCACCUUCUUGAGGUUCUGUCCCUUUAUUCACUCCCUAGUUGCUCUCCAGCAAUCUGAACCUAGAUUUUUGUGACUUUUGCUUUGUUAUUUUAUACAUUCUGUUUCAAUCUUUACUAAUACAAUUUGUUGUAAAGCUCAAAACUCUAUAUAGUAAGUUGAGUUCAGUAAAUAAUUUACAUUCCUUUGACAAAUUUUUAUUCAUUUCUCUGAUGUCAUGUUUUUAUAUUUGUGUGCUUGUUUUUUCUUUUUUGUGUGUUCUGAUAACUAUUAAUUCCUCAUGGUUACUUAAAAUACAUUUGGGUGACUUCCUACAACAAGAAGGGACUGCCUUAUGGCUAGUUGGAAAUUACAACUGAACAAAAAAAGUUUCUAUGAAGGGACCAAAAGCUCUGUAAAUUGAUAUUCUUAAAAUUAUAUUUUUACUUACCUGGCUUCUCUGAAUCUAUAAAGGAAAUUUCUGAAUUGAAACCAUAAAUAUCUACUUAGUUUAUCCUUUAAACAUUAAAACUGCAGAAGUAUAGAAUUGCCAGGUAAAUGGAAUUAUAAAUGAACAAUCAUUUUUUACACUGAGACCUCAAAUUACUUUGGCCAGUUUUCAGUUAGGUAUUUGGAUUUCUCCUUUGCAGGCAAAUAUUUUCAACACAUUUUUGCAUAAAACUAACACAACCAAAAACAUUAAUUUGGUACAACAGAGAAUAUUCAAGCAAUUCAUAAAUUGAUAUUAAUCUAUAUUACUCUUUGAAGUCUAACUACUGAAAUCCAUCUAAUUUUAUAGUAUAGCUUUACUUACUAGAAUUCUUCAGUUUAAUCUAAUUUACAUUUAUAGCCAAGCCAUUGUGUUUUAUUUCUUUUGUGGUAUAUGAUUUGGACUUUCACAAUAAAUUACUACAUGGUUAAACCUGUUACAUAACUGCAAGAGUUUCUUCCUCUUUUUGCUAAUACAUAUUUAAUCAAAGUAUACAUAAGAGGGCAUUGAGUUAUGAGGAACUGAUCAUACUUGAAUUGGAGUCUAAAUUACUGGAUUCAGAUGUUAAUACUUGAUUAGUAAAUGUUAUUUGUAUUCAUAUAAGAUCAUCUGGAAACUGGAAAAUUGGUUUAUUUGAACAAGUUGUGCCUAUUUGACAAAUCAGUGUGAUCAAAUUUUAAGGUUAAACUUGUGUGUAUUAUUUUGAAUAGUGAGCUAUUCAUUGGUCAUUAAAAAUCAUAAGCAUAAUCUUUGCGUAAUGUCUGUGAUUGCCUGGCAUUUUGUUUGUAUUGCUGUACAUAUUGGGAUAACAGGGCACUGAAUAACAUUUUACUGCUUCUAAUAUAGUGGGACCAAAUUAACCACUGAGGAAUGUUUAAAGUGGAGGACAUUUUAACAAUUCCAUACUAUAAGUAUGAAAGAUGCAAUGUUAUUUUUAAUGUAAGCAUCCAAACCUUGUUUGCUGUAGCUUUGCAUAUUUGUGUUGUAGAAUUGCUUUGCUCAUGAGUAAAAAUAUGACAUUUCAAGCUUUGUUUUCGUAUUGUAGCCUUCAGAACAUACUAGGGUUUUGUUGUUUUAAAAUAGUACUUCAAACACAUACAUCUUGGCAGAGCAUUGUAUAGAGUACAGCCAAAUGCUCUGCAUUGGCUGUAGCUGCAGGACUAACUUUAAUACCUAUGUAUGUAAUUGUAUUUUCUUUAUAGUCCUUUUAUUGGAACACAUAUGGGAAAGUUAUUGGUGUACUACUGAUAUAAAAGAAUGUCAUGCAAAUUACAUUGUAAAGUCCAACAACCUUUGUCCAAAAAUGCUGCGUUGUUAAUUGGAUAAAUGCAUAUAGUACAUUAUUGCUUAAUUGUCUAUGAAGGCUUUGUAUGUAUCCUAUGGUUACAUUUUUGUUCCUUUUCAUGUACCAGACAAUUUGUACCAAAUUAUAUAUAAAUGGAAUUAUUCUGUUUUAAUCUGGUGAAAACUAAAAUUUUGAUGGGCUCUUUUUCGCUCUUUUAUAAGGUUAACUUGAUGUGAGUAUACAGUUUAUGUCUUUUAGAGUUUAUUGACAUUGGAAGAUGUUUUCUAAAUUGCACAAAAAUAUAAUAUACUGUAGCGGCUCAUUUAGGUGUUUCCCUUCUUUUCCAAAAAAUCCAAGAGUAAAAAUUGGCAUCCCCUUAAAAAUUCCUGGGGUCUUUUAAAUUUGUAAGGCAUAUAAAAAAUAUAUAUUUUUUUGAAGAUGACAUUCACUCAAUACUAUUUCAGAUACAUGUAAACCAUUUGAAAAUAUGUUUAUGGAAUAUAUAAGUGACAUAUAUCAUAGCCAUUAACUCUGUUUUUACUCUGCCAAUUCAUGCUCAGAUUUCCAUGAAGAAUCUGUGAAGCAUUUUAUGUGAGACCCUUAAGUGGUUCAGAAUGCUUUAUUUGUUAGAGACUAACAUCUAAAAGACCUAUUUUCUCUUUACAUUACUUUGUAUGCCUGAUUAUGUAUGACAUAAUUCUGCUGAAAAGGGUAAAUGUGCUUCAUUCAUUGCAUGUUUCCUUUGUAUACAAUAAAUGCAUCUUGACUUCCAAAUAAAAAUUCCCAACAACUUUUGUUUGUAUUGAUGCAAGCAAUAAAUUGCAAAAAUAUGCAGGGUGUUUAAAAUCAGUGUGCACCUUGUAAAUGCUUCUGAGGUGCACAGGGUGAUGAUAAGCACUCUAUUCAUGAGCAUUUUUAGAAUUUCUUAUUUCUUGAAAAUCCUGCCAGUGUUCUGAUUGUAGGAUUUAUCAAUGGACUAACAACGAGUAAUUAUACUUUUAAUUUUCCUUUGGCCGUGCUUAUCGUGAACCUAAAAUUUGAAAAUUGUGGCUUAUUAAAUAAAAAGUGAGUACUAUAGCUGGCACACGCAAUAAGUUCUAAGACUGGCUACCAUGAUGCUGCUGUGUCUUAAGCACUGAUGACUUAAAAGCAUGGAACUGGCACAUGGUUUCCAGUUUUAGAUCUUACUGACUUUAUUGUGUAAUUUUGAUUUCCAGUAGGAAACGGAUUUAAAAAAGAAAAAAAGUUUUCCAGUUUACACAUUCAAUGUACAGUUUAACUGAACAGUUUUAAUUUCAUUGUGGUGAACUAUAGUAAUUGAUGGCCUACAAGUGUCUUUGAAACAUCGUUUCCAACAUUACCAGUUUGUAUUGAUUCUGAAAUCAAAUGCUUUAUUCUUUGUGAAAAUCCAUCAUUGGAUGUUUUCCUUCUGCCCAGUGAAAGUCUGUGAAAUGUAUGUAUUUUUCAAUGUACUACUUUGUGUUAUCAAAUGUGAGAAUUCUAAUGAAACCUCAAUAAAGUGUAUAU